AUGGAGUCGGGGGACGCAGCAGAGAGCACAAAGCCUGCAGCUGCGGCUCCCGCAGCCGCAUCGGCCGCGCCUGCGCCUGCGAGUGCGAGUGCGCCUGUUCCCGCGCCGACCCUCGCAGCUGUCCCGGCCGACCUUGGGAACAGCGCAGCAGCUGCUCCAGCAACUGCGAACACGGCCACGGACAAGACCACUCCCACUCCCACCACCACGGCUCCCUCUUCCGACCUCCCGCAACAACAGUCACGCGAAGAGAAACAACAGCCGCCGCCACAACCCCAGCUCCCAUCGAGCGAGAGCACGAGCACGAGCACGAGCAAUACGCCGAAGCCGUCUCUUCAGCAGCGGCCAAGGAUCAUGGCGCGCGACAGAUUCAACCACCAAUCGCUCGGCGUGUCGCUGAACUCGUCGGUGAAACAGGCUCGAGUACUCAUGGUCGGCGCCGGCGGCAUCGGCUGCGAACUGCUCAAGAACCUGGUCCUCAGCGGCUUUGGCAAAAUACAUGUCGUGGAUCUGGACACUAUCGACCUGUCCAACCUCAACCGCCAAUUCCUCUUCCGUCAAGAGCACAUCAAGAAGUCCAAAGCCCUGGUCGCCAAGGAAGCGGCACAAAAGUUCAAUCCCAACGCCCAGAUUGUCGCCCAUCACGCGAACAUAAAAGACUCCGAGUUCACCGUGUCGUGGUUUCGAGGAUUCAAGAUAGUCUUCAACGCCCUCGACAAUCUCGAGGCGAGACGACAUGUGAACAAAAUGUGCCUCGCGGCUGGCGUGCCUUUGAUCGAGAGCGGUACCACUGGCUUCAAUGGUCAGGUGCAGGUGAUCAAGAAGGGCCUCACGGCCUGUUAUGACUGCAGCCCCAAGGAGACUCCAAAGACAUUUCCCGUCUGCACGAUUCGGAGCACGCCAAGCCAGCCCAUUCACUGUAUUGUUUGGGGCAAGAGUUACCUCCUGAACGAAAUAUUCGGGGCUAGUGAAGACGAGUCGGCUUUCGACCAUUCAGCUGACGCGGACAAUGCCGAGGAGAUUGCAGAGCUCAAGAAGGAGUCCGAGCAACUCAAAAAGAUUCGAGAGGCCGUCGGGACAGAUGCCUUCCCGCAGAUGCUCUUCGACAAAGUCUUUGACGCAGACGUUGAGCGCCUCCGGUCUGUGGAGGACAUGUGGAAGUUGCGCCGCCGACCCGAGCCGCUCAAAUACGAGAAGCUGCUGUCCCAGGCAAGCGAUGCGCUGUCAGCAAAGGACGAUGUCUUGAAAGACGACCAGAAGGUGUGGUCGCUCGAGGAAAGCCUGGUCGUAUUCAGAGAUAGCCUGGACCGGCUUAGCAAGCGGAUGCUCCAGCUGAAGAAGGCCAAGGAACCUGCGGCCACGGACCCCAUAAUCACCUUUGACAAAGACGACGAAGACACACUCGACUUCGUCGCCUCGAGCGCUAAUAUUCGCUCAACGAUAUUCGGCAUCGACCGCAAGUCGCGGUUCGACAUUAAGCAGAUGGCAGGAAACAUCAUCCCGGCCAUUGCGACUACCAAUGCCAUCGUGGCCGGACUCUGCGUCCUGGAGUCUUUCAAGGUCCUGAAAGGAGACUAUGGCCAUUCGAAGGAGGUGUUCCUGACACCUUUUGCCGCCGCGAGACUGCUCGCCCCUGACAAGUCUCGGAAUCCGAACCCCAGCUGCCCGGUUUGUGGUGUUUUCAACACUGGAAUUACCGUCGACUUCAAGCGUGCGACACUCAACGAUGUGGUUGAGGAUAUCGUCAAGGAUAGGCUCGGCUUCGGUGAGAGGGAAUUUGUCGUCAGCAAUGAAGUCGGCAUUCUGUACGAUGCCGAUGAAACGGAGAACCUCCCAAAGAAGCUCUCUGAGCUCGGCGUCAAUGGCUCCAGUUUCCUGACCAUCAUGGACGAUGACGACGAUGAACCAUUCGUGAACGUUGUCAUCGAUAUCCAGGAAGAGGCCUCUGAUUAUGACGAAAAGCCGGUCAAAUCCUUGUUGACAGAUCGUCCGGACAUCCCUCGAAAGGCCAAGCAGCUGCCCCCGGCAGAAGCCAACGGCACUGCUCAGAACGGAAAGCAUGCGCUCGACGAUGUGGCUGAGGUUGAGCAAAAGAGCCUCAAGAGAGCGCAUCCCGGAGACGACAACCAGCCUAGCAAAAAGGCUAAGACCGGUGACUCGUCGGCAGACGAUGUCGUCCUUGUGGAGGAUGCCGGUGGCGCCAUCGUCAUUGACGACUAA